AUGGACUACCCGCCGCCACCUCAAGGAGAAUAUCAAGGACAACCUGUGUUCACUGAACAACCUGGAAUGGGGCCUGGGUAAGUUAAGAAUGUUUUUUAAAUAGUUGUUAAAUUUGAUUUUCGAAUGAAUUCAGAUAUCCUGGACCUCCACCUUCUGACAAAGAUGGAGUUUGCUGCGAAAUGUGCAAAUGCUGUGAAUGUUGCUGUGCUUGUUGCGUUUGCUGGUCGUGGUUGACUUGUUGUUGUUGUGAAGAAGCUUUGUAA